CAUAUUGUCGCAUGUCGCGCGCUGUCUUUGCUCCACUAACUACUGGCUACUGCGCAUGCGUCGCACUCACACCACGUACCACGUGUGUACGAAAACACCGACGACGUGACCGCCGAAUAUAUUGUCAAGAAGCUAUAGUCGAAUAUUGAUAAUCUAUUCUUUGUCGAGUACCUUUAAGUAGUAAGUUUUUAUUUAUCCGAUGAUUAUUUUUGUCCAUAGUGAUUUUAAUAGUUUAAGAACAUGUCAGAAGAAAUGGAGCCAAUGGAAGAUAAUCAGAAUGAGGAGAUGGAAGAUGACAGCGAAGAAGAAAGCAGUGAAGAGGACGAUAGCAUGGACGAAGAAGAAAACGAAGCUGAAGAUACAGAGCCAAAAAAAGUUUUUCUACCAGGAAAUACAAUGGAAACUGGAGAAGAAUUAGUAGUUGAUGAAUCAGCUUAUCGAAUUUUACAUCAGGCACAAACAGGGGCACCAUGUUUAAGUUUUGACAUAAUUAAAGAUGCACUUGGAGACUCAAGAGAAUCAUAUCCACUAACAAUGUAUCUGCUGGCUGGUACCCAGGCUCCUAGAGCUCAUGUAAAUAAUUUGCUUGUUAUGAAAAUGUCAAAUCUGCAUGGAACAAAAGUAAAAGAAGAUUCUGAUGAAGAAUCUAGUGAUUCAGAAGAUGAAGAUAAUACAAAAUCUCCUGUAAUGAAUGUUGCUUCAAUGAAGCAUCAAGGAUGUAUUAACAGAGUCAGGUGUACUCAAAUGGGUGACACAACAGUUGCAGCAAGUUGGAGUGAAUUAGGGCGUGUUAGUUUGUGGGAUUUAAAUGAACAAUUGAAAGCUUUGGAAAAUCCUAGUUUAUUAUCCGCGUAUAAAAAGAAAUGUGAAAAGUCUGAAAAUGCAGUUAAGCCCAUUUUCACUUUUAAAGGUCACUUGAGUGAAGGAUAUGGUUUAGACUGGUGUCCUACAGAGACUGGUACAUUAGCUUCUGGAGACUGCAAAGGCAACAUACAUAUUUGGCGAUAUGCCGAUUCUGGAGGAAAUCCAUCUUGGAAUGUUGAUCAAAGACCAUACAGCUCUCAUGCACCACACAGUGUUGAAGAUCUCCAAUGGUCUCCAAAUGAAAGACAUGUAUUAGCAUCUUGUUCUGUUGAUAAAAGUAUAAAAAUAUGGGAUACUAGAGCAAGUCCACAGUCGGCUUGUAUGUUAACAGCUACAGAUGCUCAUUCAGCAGACGUAAAUGUCAUAUCUUGGAACAAAAAAGAAACGCAAUUUCUUGUAUCUGGUGGUGAUGACGGAGCGAUCCGUGUCUGGGAUUUACGUCAAUUCAACGCUGAUGGAGCCUCACCUGUGGCAACAUUUAAGCAGCACACAGCUCCUGUGACAACAGUUGAAUGGCAUCCUCAAGAAGCAACAGUGUUUGCUUCUGGCGGAGCUGAUGAUCAGAUAACUCAGUGGGAUUUAUCUGUAGAAGCAGAUCAAUCAGAAGAAAAAGAAGAUGAAGAUGUUGCAAAGCUGCCGCCUCAACUGCUUUUUAUCCACCAAGGACAAACUGAUGUAAAAGAACUGCACUGGCAUCCCCAAUGUCCUGGUACAGUUGUAUCUACUGCACUUUCAGGAUUCAAUAUUUUUAGGACUAUUAGUGUUUAAUAUUUUUUGUACGUUAAAAUAAAUGUAAUGAAUUAAUGUUACAUUAAUUAUUAUUCAGAUGAUUUACUAUAGAUGUAUAGAUACUUUAAAGUUUUUAUGAAUAAACUCUAGACUAUUUUGUAUAAA